AUGUUAAGAUCAACUACUCUGAAUCUUAUUAGAUCAUCAUCAUCUACAACUACCAGAUCAAUUAUUAAUAGAAUAUCAAAAGCUACAAUGGCCAGUGUAAAUGAACCAGUUGUUUUAUUUAAACAAGUAGGUAAUGCCAAUUUCAUUACCCUUAAUCGUCCAGCUAAAUUGAAUUCUUUAAAUACUGAAAUGAUUGAAUUAAUGACUCCAAAAUUAGUUGAAUGGGCUCAAGAAACUGGUAAUAAAACUAUUAUAUUAAAUUCAAAUUCUCCAAAAGCUUUAUGUGCUGGUGGUGAUGUUGCUGAAUGUUCAAGGACUAUUAAAGCUGGUAAUCCUCAAUAUCCUUGUGAUUUCUUUCAAAAGGAAUAUAAUUUGAAUUAUAUUAUUUCAACUUUCCCAAAACCUUAUGUUGCAAUUAUGGAUGGUAUUACUUUUGGUGGAGGUGUUGGACUUUCAGUUCAUGCCCCAUUUAGAGUUGCUACUGAAAAGACAAAAGUUGCCAUGCCAGAAAUGGAUAUUGGAUUUUUCCCCGAUGUUGGUGCUACUUUCUUUUUACCUCGUUUAGAUAAUAGAUUAGGUUAUUAUUAUGCUUUAACUAAUACAAUUUUAACUGGUUUAGAUGCUUAUAUGGCUGGUUUUGCAACUCAUUAUAUUAAAUCUGAAAAUAUCCCAAUUUUAGAAAAGAGAUUAUCAGAAGUUGUAAAUCAUUUGGGAGGUGUUAAACAUUUCCAAGAAGUUAAUCAAGUUCUUGAUGGAAUGGCUGAAAAGAAAAUCCCUGAUGAUUAUAAAUUCCCAUUAUCAACUGAAGAAAUUGCUCUUAUUAAUAAAGCUUUUAAUCAAAAAUCAAUUUUCCAUGUUAUUGAAUAUUUAAAGAAGGAUGGUUCUGAAUUUGCUUUAAAGACUCUUGCAAAAUUAAAUGAAAAACCAACUACUUCACUUGCAAUUGCAUUUGAUUUAAUGAAUGAAGGGGUUAAGAACACAAUUAGACAACAAUUUGAAUUAGAAAUGAUUGCUGCUACUAAUCUUUCUUGUAUUGAUCCAGCUGAAAAUGAUUUUGCUAAUGGUGUUGCUCAUAAAUUAAUUCAUAAGAUUAAAUCUCCACCAUUCCCUAAAUGGACUCCAGCUGAAAAGGUUGAUAAUAAAUUUAUUCAAUCUAUGAAAUAUAAGUCUAAAAAUGUUUUGGAACAUUUAAAAACCCCAUUACUUAAUCCAUGGUUUGGUGUUGAUUACAAAGAAUAUCCAUUCAAGAUGGGAUUACCUACUAAUCAAGAUGUUGCUGAAUAUAUAACUGGCACCGAUGGAUCUGGUAGAACUUAUUUGCCAACUCCAAGUGAACUUAUGAAACAUUUCAAAGCUAAGUAUUAUAGUAAAGCUGGUAUUGAAUAUAAAAUUAAUGAAAUUUUGGCAAUACAUGGAAAUACCAAGGCAUAUGAUAACAAGUAUGUUGGUUGGACUCCAUAA